AUGGCCGCAGAGGCGCCGCGCGUCCCUGCCCAUCGUGAGAAGAACGAGACCCGCUCCGACCGCCGCGCCCCGACCGCGCGCCAGCUCCGGGGUGGCUCGGGAUCCCGCGGCGCUCAGCUACCCCGGGCCGCCGCCGCCGACACCGCGCAUCCCCCCUUCCAGGCGGCUCGCGCUGCUGCGUCCCGGACCGGGAUCGAGGCCGAGCUCCAGCCGCUGCGCUCGCCCGCCCGCCCGCCUCGCGCCGCUCGGGGAGGCCGGCCGCGGGGUCUGACAGGCCCGGCCUCCUCCGGGCCCCUGCGCGAGGCGGCGCGUGCGCCCGCCCGUGAGGCACGAGGGAGGGGUCGGCGCGGACACGCAGGCUGCCCGCGACUCGGGGGCGCGCAGGGGGGCGUGGCCACGCGACGCCCCCCGCCCCCGCUCCUCCUAGCCCCGCCUCCUCGCCUCCGAGGUCCCGUGCGCUCGGAGCCCUCGGGUGUGUCGCGGAAAGGUCCCCCUCCUAGGCUGGGUGUCACUGCUCGCAAUUUCCCUCCACUGGAGACAGGCCUGGGGAAUCUCGGGUCCGAUCUUGGUUAUGGAUGA